AUAUUAGGUACCAGACUCGAUUUUCAAAAUGUUUCUGUCGUACACCGUCGUGCCCGUGUUCGUUUUCGCCAUAUUUUUUAACUUCAUCUACGUGUACUCUGACGAUGAUAGUUCGGCUUACAGGAAUCCAAAUUCUCCAACUAGCAUUAACUUCACGUCGUGUAACGAAUGCUUUCAAUCGAAGUGCCACAAAGAAUGGGGUGGACCGUGCAUUCCCAUCAACGACACGAUUAUCGAGUGUCUUGUGUGUGAAGAGGACGAUGAUGGAAACGCUUUGUACUACAGCAAAAAAUAUUGUGAAAAGGAAUGCCCCAAUAAUAAACACGGUUGCUUUUGCAACGGCCAGUGUUUCACGUGCUUUGAUUGGAGUGGAUCUAACUCAACCUCAUCUCUUUCGUGCAACCUGCCCACCCAGAUGUUUGACGAUAAGUGUACGUCAAUCAAUUACCAUAUGGACGGUUAAUGAAACCGUGCCGCCAUUAUCGUGAUAUUAUUUAAUAUUAAUAUUAAUUACAUUAUAUUUUUUUUUUCAACUAUAAUUUUUGUUCUCAGAAAAAUUACCCCUCCUAACUCUCUCACCAAG